AUGGGAUUUUUCAAGAGCCGCUCGGAGGCUGUGUCAGCUUAUCCUCCCCCCCUGGAGGAUGAAGAGGCCCUCAAUCUGGUGGUCGACUGGACCAAAGAGGAAGAGUCCAAGGCCAAGCGCAAAUUGGAUUUUAUUAUUAUGCCCCUCUUGACACUUGGGUUUUUCUGUCUUCAGCUCGACCGUGGCAACAUCGCCAAUGCAAUCACAGACAAGUUCAUGGAGGAUGUCGGCGUCACACAGAACGAGUUCAACAUUGGCCAGCAGAUGCUGUCGCUGGGCAUCGUGCUCUUUGAGAUCCCAUCCAAUAUGAUCCUGUACCGUGUUGGCCCUGGAAAGUGGCUUACUCUGCAGCUCUUCCUGUUCGGCUUCGUCUCUACCUUCCAGGCUUUCCAGAACAGCUACGGCUCCUUCAUCGCGACCCGAUUCCUGCUCGGAAUCACAGAGUCUGGCUUCAUCCCCGGAGGUCUGUGGACGCUUUCAACCUGGUACACGCGUAACGAGACCGCCAAGCGUGUCAUGUUCUUCUACUUCGGAAACCAGUUCGGCCAGGCCUCUUCCAAGCUGCUCGCCUACGGCAUUCUUCAUAUGCGCGGCGUCGCUGAUAAGGCUGGUUGGUUCUGGCUGUUCGUUCUCAUGGGCGGUUUCACCAUCUUCAGCGGCUUCAUCCUCGGUUUCUGCCUUCCCGAUUCCUUCAAGAACCCGCGCAGUACCUUCUUGCCCGGCUUUAGCUGGUUCAACGAGAGGGAGCUGCACAUCCUCAAGACCCGUGUCCUGCUUGAUGACCCCAUGAAGGGAAAGAAGAAGAAGAAGAUUGGACUUGGUGCAUUCAAGAAAGCUUUCUCCAACUGGCGCCUCUGGAUCCACGUCAUCAUCACACUCUCCAACAACGGUCCUCAGCGUGCUUUUGACACAUACUCGCCCACAAUUGUCAAGGGUUUUGGGUUUGAAGGUCUGACUAGCAACGCUCUCGCCUCCGUCGGUCUGUUUCUUCAGAUUCCGGUGUCCUGGGGCUUCAGUUAUGUUUCCGAUCACUUCAACAAGCGUGGUGAGACUGUCAUGGCUGGCAUGAGCAUGCAUCUCCUCGGUUACGUCUUCAACCGAAUCUUCACCGAGAUCGACCUUCGCGGCGUCCGAUACUUUGGUGUGGUCUGGACUCAGACGUUCGGCACUUUCAGUCACCCUCUCAACAUCGCCUGGAUGUCGCUCACAUGCAAUGACUCUGAGGAGCGAGCUCUGGCUAUGGCUAUGGUUAUCAUGGGAGCAAACAUCGCAGGUAUUUACGGCGCCCAGAUUUUCCGCAGCGAAGACGCCCCCAGAUACCGCCGUGGUUUCGGAAUCAACAUUGCCGUUCUGACCGUUGGUCUCUCAAUGGCCAUCCUCCGAUUCGUCGACGACAAGUUUUGGCGAAAGCGGGCUCCUAUUGAGGAGGUUGAGCGCGAAGAGUCUCGAUCCAGCGAUGAUCGCAUUCCCAGCGAGAAAGGGGCGAUUGCAGCCGAGGACACCAAGGAGAUCUCCGACAAUGGGAAGCAGCCCCAGCAGCCUCUUGGACCCAAGGUCUUCUGA